UCAUAAAGCCAGGAACACUCGGCCCAUGGGCUGUGCUCAGCUGCAUUUCAGAGUUGUCUCCACCGCCCGCUUCCCCUCUGCUCUGCCCGCCACCGCCACCGCCAUGCCCACCCACCGACUGGUGAUCGUCCGCCACGGCGAGAGCACCUGGAACCAGGAAAACCGCUUCUGUGGCUGGUUUGAUGCAGAGCUGAGCGAGAAGGGGAGGGAAGAGGCCAAGCGCGGGGCCCAGGCCGUCAAGGAAGCCGGCCUGGAGUUUGACAUUUGCUACACCUCCGUGCUGAAGCGCGCCAUCCGCACCCUCUGGAUCAUCCUGGAUGGCGUGGACCAGAUGUGGGUGCCCGUGGUGCGGACCUGGCGCCUCAAUGAGCGCCACUACGGGGGUCUCACGGGCCUCAACAAAGCAGAGACCGCUGCCAAGCACGGGGAGGCCCAGGUCAAGAUCUGGAGACGCUCCUUUGACAUCCCACCCCCACCCAUGGAUGAGACGCACCCCUACUACGCAGUCAUCAGCAAGGAGCGACGCUAUGCUGGCCUGAAGCCUGGGGAGCUGCCCACCUGCGAGAGCCUGAAGGACACCAUUGCCCGGGCUCUGCCCUUCUGGAAUGAGCAGAUUGCUCCCCAGAUCAAGGCAGGGAAGAGGGUGCUCAUCGCUGCCCAUGGCAACAGCUUGCGGGGCAUAGUCAAGCACCUGGAAGGCAUGUCAGACGAGGCCAUAAUGGAACUCAACUUGCCCACCGGGAUCCCCAUCGUGUAUGAACUGGACGAUCAGCUGAAGCCCACCAAGCCCAUGCAGUUCCUCGGGGAUGAGGAAACAGUGCGUAAGGCCAUGGAGGCCGUGGCUGCCCAGGGCAAGGCCAAGUAAUAGCCUGGAAGCCAUCUGUGCACAAUAAAGUCACCACCCACCUCUA